CCUCCUCCCCAGCCCGCUCCUCUGGCUUGCUCGCCAACUCCGGGCCCCAGCCGCGGGCGGGCGCACGGCGGGCGGACAGCAUGCUGAGCCUCCUCGUCUGGAUCCUCACUCUCUCCGAUACUUUCUCCCAAGGGACCCAGACCCGCUUCAGCCAGGAGCCGGCUGACCAGACGGUGGUGGCUGGACAGCGGGCCGUGCUCCCCUGUGUGCUGCUCAACUACUCUGGAAUUGUGCAAUGGACCAAGGACGGGCUGGCCCUGGGCAUGGGCCAGGGCCUCAAAGCCUGGCCACGGUACCGGGUCGUGGGCUCCGCAGACGCUGGGCAGUACAACCUGGAGAUCACAGAUGCUGAGCUCUCUGACGACGCCUCUUACGAGUGCCAGGCCACGGAGGCCGCCCUGCGUUCUCGGCGGGCUAAACUCACCGUGCUCAUCCCCCCAGAGGACACCAGGAUUGACGGAGGCCCUGUGAUUCUACUGCAGGCAGGCACCCCCCACAACCUCACAUGCCGGGCCUUCAAUGCGAAGCCUGCUGCCACCAUCAUCUGGUUCCGGGACGGGACGCAGCAGGAGGGCGCUGUGGCCAGCACGGAAUUGCUGAAGGAUGGGAAGAGGGAGACCACCGUGAGCCAACUGCUCAUUAACCCCACAGACCUGGACAUUGGGCGUGUCUUCACUUGCCGAAGCAUGAACGAAGCCAUCCCUAGUGGCAAGGAGACUUCCAUCGAGCUGGACGUGCACCACCCUCCUACAGUGACCCUGUCCAUUGAGCCACAGACGGUGCAGGAGGGUGAACGUGUUGUCUUUACCUGCCAGGCCACAGCCAACCCCGAGAUCCUGGGCUACAGGUGGGCCAAAGGGGGUUUCUUGAUUGAAGACGCCCAUGAGAGUCGCUAUGAGACAAAUGUGGAUUACUCCUUUUUCACGGAGCCUGUGUCUUGUGAGGUUCACAACAAAGUGGGGAGCACCAAUGUCAGCACUUUAGUAAAUGUCCACUUUGCUCCCCGGAUUGUAGUUGACCCCAAACCCACAACCACAGACAUUGGCUCUGAUGUGACCCUCACCUGUGUCUGGGUUGGGAAUCCCCCCCUCACUCUCACCUGGACCAAAAAGGACUCAAAUAUGGUCCUGAGUAACAGCAACCAGCUGCUGCUGAAGUCGGUGACUCAGGCAGACGCUGGCACCUACACCUGCCGGGCCAUCGUGCCUCGAAUCGGAGUGGCUGAGCGGGAGGUGCCGCUCUAUGUGAACGGGCCCCCCAUCAUCUCCAGUGAGGCAGUGCAGUACGCUGUGAGGGGUGACGGUGGCAAGGUGGAAUGUUUCAUUGGGAGCACACCACCCCCAGACCGCAUAGCAUGGGCCUGGAAGGAGAACUUCCUGGAGGUGGGGACCUUGGAACGCUAUACAGUGGAGAGGACCAACUCAGGCAGUGGGGUGCUAUCCACGCUCACCAUCAACAAUGUCAUGGAGGCCGACUUUCAGACUCACUACAACUGCACCGCCUGGAACAGCUUUGGGCCGGGCACAGCCAUCAUCCAGCUGGAAGAGCGAGAGGUGUUACCUGUGGGCAUCAUAGCUGGGGCCACCAUCGGCGCGAGCAUCCUGCUCAUCUUCUUCUUCAUCGCCUUGGUAUUCUUCCUCUACCGGCGCCGCAAAGGCAGUCGCAAGGACGUGACCCUGAGGAAGCUGGAUAUCAAGGUGGAGACAGUGAACCGAGAGCCACUUACGAUGCAUUCUGACCGGGAGGAUGACACUACCAGCGUCUCCACAGCGACCCGGGUCAUGAAGGCCAUCUACUCGUCAUUUAAGGAUGAUGUGGAUCUGAAGCAGGACCUGCGCUGCGACACCAUCGACACCCGGGAGGAGUAUGAGAUGAAGGACCCCACCAAUGGCUACUACAACGUGCGUGCCCAUGAAGAUCGCCCGUCUUCCAGGGCAGUGCUCUAUGCUGACUACCGUGCCCCUGGCCCUGCCCGCUUCGACGGCCGCCCCUCAUCCCGUCUCUCCCACUCCAGUGGCUAUGCCCAGCUCAACACCUAUAGCCGGGCGCCUGCCUCUGACUAUGGCCCUGAGCCCACACCCCCUGGCCCUGCUGCCCCAGCUGGCACCGACACAACCAGCCAGCUGUCCUACGAGAACUAUGAGAAGUUCAACUCCCAUCCCUUCCCUGGGGCAGCUGGGUACCCCACCUACAGACUGGGCUACCCCCAGGCUCCAACCUCUGGCCUGGAGCGGACCCCAUAUGAGGCGUAUGACCCCAUUGGCAAGUACGCCACAGCCACUCGAUUCUCCUACACCUCCCAGCACUCGGACUACGGCCAGCGAUUCCAGCAGCGCAUGCAGACUCAUGUGUAGGGGCCAGAGCCUGGCUGGGGCAUCUCUGCGGGGCAGAGGAGAAGGCUUUCACAGCUGUUCCCUGAUAUUCAGGGGCAUUGCUCAUUGCUCCCUUCUCGGACCAGCCUUCUUCCUCCCACCGUGGCAGGUGGGGAGCAGGUCUCCCAGAAACACCCUGUCCCGAGGAUGGUGCUCUGUGCAUGCCCCAGCCUCCUGGGCCUGCCCUUCCCUCUUCUUCGGGAGGAUGUGUCUCUUCUGACCUGCACUCUUGCCUGACCCUAAAAUGGGGACAGGGAAAGUGAAGGUUAGGGAGAGCAAAGGGGGCACUUUUUAGCAUUCCCUUUCUAUCCCACCCCUCUGAUCUCCCAUAAGUGGAAAUGGGGGUACCCAGGGAUGGGCAUGCUUUGGCCUAGGGACAUGAAGUAUGGGAGUGGGUGGCUGUGGCACAGACAGAUGGAAAGCAGGAUAGCCUGGCCAGUCCCUCUGUUGUCUGCAUUCGUGCCCUGGGUGCCUCUCUCCUUCCUCAGGGUACUGCAGAAGGGAGCUUGGAUUUAUGUUUGCUCUUGUCUACAGAACAGCCCUGGCAUUGCAUUCAAAUCCAGCCUUCAUUCAGCUGGGAUCAAAAUGCCAGUCACCUUGGCUACCCACUGUGGACAGCUGUCUGUCAGCAUGCAGAGGGAUCCAGGAAUCCCCCCGGCAGCACUGCCCGCCUUCUCCUCCAUGCUGGGCCAGCCAGAUAAGUCAGGGUCCUGGUGGAGAAAGAAAGGCAGGACUAUGUCCUGAUUGACCCAGAUACCGCUGUGUGCUGCACAGCAGUGAACCAACACUAGAGGGAGCCACACAAGCCUCCUCUCCCCAAUCUGCCCCACUUCCUGGCUUUAACUCUUGAGCUGGUUUGGGGAGUGGUGAGGUAGGGGUGGGGGUGCUGUAGGCUAUUUUUCAAAGAAAA